AUGCUAACAUUUAGGAAUUCCCAGACCAUCAAAACGCGGGGAUUCAAGACUCUGACGUCAGACAUUGGUCUGCCCUCCACUCCAGAGACUGCUCCGAAGACCGAGCAACAACCAAGCACAACACACAGGGACAUAAAGAACUACGCCGAGGCCACAUUAGGAUCUGGAAGCUCAUUAGCACAGGCUGUCAAGCUACCAAUAGGAGAAGACCUGGAUGAAUGGCUUGCAGUUCAUGUGGUCAGCUUUUAUAAUCAGAUCAACAUGUUGUAUGGAACCAUCACAGAGUUUUGUUCCGCUCAAACUUGUCCACGAAUGAUUGCCACACAAGAGUACGAGUACUUAUGGCAGCCAAGUGUUAGUUCAAGAACGAGCAAUAUGGGUAGUGCCAGUGGGAGCAGUUCUCCAAGAAAACUAGCACCUGUCUCAUGUACUGCACCAGAAUAUGUAGAGAAUUUGAUGAGCUGGGUGCAGGAUAACCUGGAUGACGAGAGAAUAUUUCCCAACAAAACUGGUGUACCAUUUCCCACAAACUUUCAAACUUUAGUCCGAACUAUGAUGAAGCGGUUAUUUCGAGUUUACGCCCAUAUCUACUGCCAUCAUUUUGAUGAGAUUGCAGGAUUAUCCUUACAGGCCCAUUUGAACACUAGCUUCAAACACUUUGUGCUCUUCUGUAAGGAAUUCAGGUUGAUAUCCACCAAAGAUUACGGUCCACUAAAGGAGCUGGUUCUUAUAAUGUUUGAUGGCAACGACCUCGAUGCCGAUGGAGAUACGGAUCUUACUGACAGUUAA